UUGAAUAGUGUCAUUCAGACGAACCGGUUCUCCACACACACACGUUGUGAAACACAAAUGGACAAGAAAAUCAUUAUUAUUGGUGCGGGCGCAUCAGGAUUUGCAGCAGCCGCCAAAUUGAUUUCCAACGGAUUUGAAAAUGUGACCAUUUUGGAAGCAGAAAAUCGCAUCGGCGGACGGGUUAAUACAAUUCCAUUCGGGGCUAAUGUUUUGGAUAUGGGCGCACAAUGGUGUCAUGGAGAAAAAGGAAAUGUCGUCUAUGAAAUGGCAAAAGGCAAAGAUUUACUAUCAUCAAAUAUUCCAACGUAUAAAACCUACAAUUUUGUGCGAUCGAAUGGAGAGGUGAUUCCAGCGAAAACAUCUGAACGAUUAACCAAAUUGGCCUUGGGAAUACUCGAUCGAGGUGAUCAUACGGCAGAAAAGCGAGCAUACCAUGGAUCAUUGGGCAAUUAUUUUGCACAAAAGUUUUAUCAAGCAUUCCGUACAGAUGAAUACAGUGACAUUGAUUCAAAUCUGCAGCACGAAGCAUUUGAUUGGUUCCAUCGGAUGCGAACAUCAUGGAUUGCGUGUGAUUUAUGGUACGAUGUAUCAUGUGGUAAUUAUCUGGAGUAUUGGGAAUGUCCCGGCAAUAUGAUGUUAAAUUGGAAAGACAAAGGCUAUCGCACCGUUUUCGAUUUGUUGCAGAACAAAAUCCCCGAAGGAAAUCCCGAUCUAAUUGACGUUGUGUCAAAAGUGCAUUUAAACAAGGAAGUGAAAAAAAUCAAUUACGAUCCAUCAAACACUGGUCCAGAUCGUAUAAAGAUUGAAUGUGCGGACGGCAGUGAAUAUUCCGGUGACCAUUUAAUUUGCACCGUUUCAUUGGGCGUGUUGAAAAAGCAACACUUCAAAUUAUUUGAACCAACGUUGCCAGAAUAUAAAAUCGACAGCAUUUCAGCCAUGGGCUUUGGAACCGUUGACAAAAUCUACUUGGAAUUCACAAAACCGUUUUGGAGCUCGGACUGGGAGGGAGUUUCAUUUCUCUGGAAACAAGAACAAUUGAGAGAAAUUCGCGAGGAUCCGAUCAACGGCGAUUGGAUGUCAAGAAUCAUUGGUUUUUACACCGUGAGUUUUCAACCAAACAUAUUAUGCGCUUGGGUUACGGGUAGUGGUGCUCGAAAGCUAGAGAAAGUGAGUGAAGAAGACGUGAAAAUCGGUUGUCAACACGUUUUGAAACUGUUUGUGAGUGAUUGGAAGGACGCUGAGGUGAAAAAUGUCAUUUGGUCGAAAUGGAGUUCAAACCCUCAUUUUAGCGGUUCAUUUGCGUAUUAUUCGCUGAGAAGUGAUGCAGACGAUGCAUCAACAGCCACGUUGGCCACUCCAAUUCUUGACAAAACCGCAAAACCACUCAUCCAAUUCGCUGGAGAAGCCACCGCCACACAUUUCUACUCAACGGUACAUGGUGCAAUAGGCACCGGAUGGCGGGAAGCACAACGACUCAUCGAUUCAUACAGCAACAACAGAAUGCAGCUCACAAGUCCCCUUGGCCGAAGUGUUUGUUUGUAUACACAUCGAAUCAACCACAUAUUUAAAAAUAAGUGGCUGCAAACAAUGUGUGAGAUAAAACUGCCAUUCGGUUGUUAUCGUUUUGCCGAUAACAUAGUUUCAGUUGAGAACAAACGUUCAAACGAAUUGGUUCGACGUAUUUCGGGUGUGAAGCAAAAUAUGGACAAAAAAAUCAUAAUAAUCGGCAGUGGUGCGGCCGGUUUCGCAGCCGCUUCCAAAUUAAUUUCAAAUGGAUUUAAAAAUGUGAUCAUUUUGGAGGCUGAAAAUCGUAUUGGUGGACGUGUUUAUACAAUUCCGUAUGGAGAGAACGUUUUAGACAUGGGAGCACAGUGGUGUCAUGGUCAAGAGGGUAAUGUUGUAUACGAAAUGGCAAAGGACAAAAACGUGUUAUCAUCAGAUAAGCCAAGAUACGAAACAUUUGAAUUUGUGCGAUCGGAUGGAGAACGAAUCCCACGAGAAAAAACUGAUAAAUUAGUGAAUCUUGCCGAUGAAAUUCUCGAUCGAGACGACAAACGAGUGGAGAAAAACGCCUACGAUGGAUCAUUUGGAAACUAUUUUGCUAAUAAAUGGUUUGAAGCGCUUCGUGGUGUUGAAUACAGUGAUAUCGAUUCAAAUCUUCAACACGAGUUACUUGAGUUCAUUCAUCUGUAUCGUAACAUGUAUGUGGCUUGUGAUUCAUGGUACGAAGCUUCUGGACGAGAUUAUAUUGAGUAUUGGGACUGUCCCGGCGAUUUGUUACAAAAUUGGAAAGACAAGGGCUAUGCCAGGGUUUUUGAUUUGCUUCAGAACAAACUCCCCAAAGGAAAUCCCAAUUCCAUCGACAUCGAGUCACGAGUUUUGCUGAAUAAAGAAGUGAAAAAAAUCACGUAUGACCUAUUGAAUUCCUCUUCCAAUCGUACCAAAGUUGAAUGUUCCGAUGGAAGUAAAUAUUACUGCUAUCAUCUAAUCUGCACUGUUUCAUUGGGCGUCCUUCAGAAUCGUCACUGGAGUUUAUUCGAACCGUCAUUGCCUCGACACAAAAUCAACAGUAUUGAAAGCAUUGGCUUUGGCACCGUUGACAAAAUCUAUGUGGAAUUCACCAAACCGUUUUGGGACAAAGACUUUGAAGGUGUCUCGUUCCUUUGGAAGCCCGAGCAGUUAAAGGAACUCCAUGCGGAUCCAGUUAAUGGCGAAUGGUUGAAAGAUACUCUGGGCUUUUAUACCGUAAGCCAUCAGCCGAAUAUUCUGUGUGGAUGGAUCUCGGGAAAAGCGGCGAGAAAAAUGGAAUCGGUCAGCCAACAAGAUUUCAAAGCCGGCGUCGAACGAGUUCUGAGGAUGUUCGUGAAGAACUUCAACGGAGCUCAGAUCAAAAAUAUCUUUUGCACAAAGUGGAGCUCAAAUCCACACUUCCUUGGAUCAUAUACAUUUUAUUCGCUGAAAUCUGAUGCAAAGAAAGCAACAACAAGCAUCUUAGCCGAGCCGGUGGUCGAUCGAAAUUCCAAACCAAUCAUUCAAUUUGCCGGUGAAGCAACACACGAUCAUUAUUAUUCAACGGUCCAUGGCGCGGUGGAGACUGGGUGGCGAGAAGCUCAACGUAUCAUCGAUUUAUACAGCAAAUAUCGUAGACUAUCCAAAUUGUAACAAUCAACCAUCUCGGAUUGGCAACAGUUUUAUUUUACCCUCUAGUGCAUUAAUUUUUCUCAGAACUAGGAGUAACUGGUUCAUGGUUGAUUUUGGCCAUAGAUAGCGAAAAAAAUAUUCGAAAUACUGGAUUCCUUAUGGUUAACUCAGAAAAUAUAUUAGACUAUUCGGGUCAAAUCAUAGAACAAUCAAAUCCAGUGUCCAAAGUGUCUAAAAUUUGCUAUUUCAACUAAAUAUAUCCAAUUCUUUUUUUCACACACAUUCAUACUCACAAUAGUUCACCGGUUGGCCUAGACCAAAAGUAUGAACAUAAAUAAGAUAGAACAAUUUCAAAGGAAUUAAAUUGUAGUUUUAGAUUGAACCAUCGUUAAAAUGUCACUCUCCUUUUGAUGGUUGUUUGCCUUUAAAGACUUUAGAAAUACCGGACGUUUCAAGGAUUCAUAUUUGGAUUUUGUAGGCGAGUUUCAAGAUGUAUUUGAGACUAUUUUGUUAAAAUUACAUGCGUGAAGACGUUGAAAGUAAAUGAAAAAUAUAACGUAACACAUAUUUUAUAAUUCACUUAAUAAACUUAACACAUUCCACGAUUGAUAAUUCAUUCCAA